AUCUACUAUCACAUUGAAGAUUACAUAUCAACAUCAUCUUUCCCACCGCUUCAAUUACAUAUCAACAUCUUCUUUCCCACCACAAUACCGCUAUUGAAAAGAUAACUCCGAGAGUAACAUAGAGAUUUUCUCUCGUUAAAAAUGGAAGUUAACCAACUCAUCAAAAUAUUGCUCAUCUUCUCUUAUAAAAAUACCAAUUUCUUGCUUUUACAAAAAGCCAAUUUUCUAUAUGAGUAAUAUAGGUGCGGUGAAUUAGCUAUCACCAAACCCAGUUUCUUGUCCAUACCCUUUUACAUAAUCUCCAAGGUGAUGGCCGCAAUCUCAGAGUCAACGGCCUUUAUGGUCUCCACCUUCUUCCGCCCCAACCAUCUUCACCUCCAAAUCCAGUCACCUCCCUCUUCAUCUGAUAUCUUCGCCCUCGCCGCAUUCAUCACAGCUGCGGCUUGCUCAUCUUUCACCUCCUUUGAUGUGUCUCUCACACUGUAUAAGGAGCAGUAAUUCGCCAGCAAUGGCGGCCCCGCUAGUUUUAACAAUUGGGUUUUUCAAUGUCAAAAACGAGAAAGAUAAUUUGGUAUCUUAAGAUUUAUCUGCCACUUUUGAGGUGAAAAAUGAAUAACUCCCACUUUGAUAGUAGGCCUCUGGCUCUAGGAUUAGAGGGAGAGAGAAAAGGGUGGGUGCAUUUGGGUUUUAAGACUUUCUUUAGGAUAGUAAAAUGUUAUUAAUCAACCCUGUUGACGGGUUCUUUGGUGCCGGAAGAUGCUCUUCAAAGUCAAAGGGAACACUGUUCUAAAAAUUAGGAAAUUCUUUUUUAUAAAAUAAAUAUUUUUCUUCUGUCUAAGGUGGACUGAUUAGGGUUUUUGGCCCCACCACAAAUUCCAACCGUCCAAAUCGCGGCCCGUUAUUUGCUCGUUUCGUGCACGGCUACGUUCUAGCUGGCGAAGCCUUCCUCUCCAUUACGUAUAUAAUCCCUGAUUGAGCGCCUUAAAACCCUAAAACCCUAAUUUUGUUCACUGUUAGCUUGAUUGCUUCAUCUCAAAACCUUAAAUUGUUUAUUUAUUUAUUCACUUUGCAGAAGUUGAAAUCCCAGCUCCUGUAAACCCUAAAUCCUUCGUUUCAUUUUCAGCGUUUACUCGGACCCCUAGGAUUUGAACUGACAGUUGGUUUUUGCUCGAAAUGUGAAAUAGUGAACCAAGGUUCUUCGUGUGCAGUUUAAUGGGGGAAAAGUUUGGAGCUUGCCAGCUAGGACCCGCAGGAGAUUUUCACACUGUAUUGAUACUAGAGUUGGUCCUGAAACUCAUCCAUAAAAGGAUAAAAGAAGAAAGUUAGUAAGAGAUUUUAUCGCGGAAGAUUUGAAGGACAAUGGCUGGAGUGAAAAAACCAUCUAGAAAUGGUCGACCUUCAAUUAAAUAUAGAUGGGAUCCACACAGCAUAACAUUGACUAAGAUUUCUGAUACUGGAAAUGAGGAUAAUUUCCAUCUUGUCUCAGGUUCGAAAUCAGAAACCAAUGAAUGCAUCUCUGAACCCGGUCAUCCUAGCAAAAUACUCAGUACCUCUGAGGUUGUGUCUGCAUUCCAGGUCAUUUGGGGCUUUCUAUCUGAGCCGUCCUCAAUAUCUCAGCCACGAUCUAAUGCAAGAGAUAGUGGCUGUGGAGAUAAGAGGAACCCUUACUCUAGUAUUGGGAUACAACUAAAACAUAAAGAGGAUAUAAGAGAUUUGAAGAAAACUUUGCCAUAUUCUUUUGGUGGAAUUGAGACCAAAGCAUCUUUAUCUGCUGAUAUCAAAGAUCCUCAUACCGAUUCAAAUUGUACAAGCUCAUCUCCACGUACUUUGACUUCAGAUUUUGAGCUUUUGAAAGUUUUAAAGAAUAAGUCCUUGUUUGCUUUAUGCACUGGAAAAAAGAGUGAGUCAUUUUUCUGGAGUUAUAAUGCAGGCAACAUGCCUCAUGGACCUGUAGAGAUAUCAACAAUGCUUGGUUUGAGGAGCAUUAGAUUUUCCUAUGUUUCAUCUUCCCCAAAUUCAUUUACACCUGAAAAUUAUUAUGUUCAUGUGAAACCUAUUACCAGUCUGAAUGAGUCUGACGUACAAAGUGCUUCUAUAAACUCCACUUCAGAAAAUUUUAAAGUUGGAGAUGCAAUUUCAAGUGAGAGUCUGGAAUCAAAAGAGAAGGUGCAGCAUUCUAUUGGAUCUCACAGUUCAUCCGACGCAUUUGGUAGAUCCUUGAAUAUGGUAGAGCCUAUCUCUGUCCCUGGGUCAUUGGAGAAAUAUAACUGCAAGAAAAAUACCAGUGUAUGUAAGAAUACAAAAAGACAAUUCAAAGGGGAGCUUGUCCUUGAGACUGUGCCACUACCGGUUCUUAGUAAUUCUAUAUUGGAGAGAGCUAACACAGCUCAUGUACAGCAAGUGCAUGCUAUUGCAGGAGCCUUGGCUGGAGUUUUUGUUAGCCUUUGGCUUCAUCCUGUUGAUACCCUUAAAACUGUUAUUCAGUCAGGCAGGGUGGAACAGAAGUCCAUUGGUCAUAUUCUUGGCUCAAUAGUAUCUGAAAGAGGAGUAACAGGACUGUACAGAGGCAUUGGCAGCAAUCUUGCAUCUUCUGCACCCAUAUCUGCAGUUUACACCUUCACUUAUGAAACCAUCAAGGAACAUCUAUUGCCUCUAUUGCCAAAGGGAUAUCAUUCUCUUGCACAUUGUGUUGCGGGCGGCUCUGCAAGUAUUGCAACCUCUUUUAUUUUUACUCCAAGUGAACGUAUUAAGCAACAGAUGCAAAUUGGUUCUCACUAUCAUACGUGCUGGAAGGCAUUCAUAGGAAUUCUUGAAAAAGGUGGUGUGUCUUCAUUAUAUGCAGGGUGGGGUGCAGUUCUAUGCAGGAAUAUCCCACAUUCUAUUAUCAAGUUCUACACUUACGAAAGUCUAAAGCAAUGGGCAUUGUCAAGGCAGGAAACUGGUGGGCAGCUCAAUACACUGCAAACGCUUGUUUUCGGAGGCCUUGCAGGAUCAACUGCUGCAUUGUUCACAACUCCUUUUGAUGUCAUCAAAACUAGAUUACAAACUCAGAUUCCUGGCUCAUUGGAUCAUUAUGGUGGUGUUUUUCAUGCUUUUCAACAAAUAGCAAAGAUUGAAGGCUUGAGAGGUCUCUACAGGGGAUUGACACCAAGAUUGGUUAUGUAUGUCUCUCAAGGAGCACUCUUCUUUGCAUCCUAUGAAUUUUUCAAAAGGUUAUUCUCUUUGGAAGUAAAGCUACUUGGUCCCCAUGCUUUGGACUCCAAUGAUGAAACAGAAGAUCAGUUUACAGAAAUUGGAUCUGCAUGAACAUAGCUCCUUCAUCUAAUCCAUGAAUCUGCCCUUGAUGGAGCAAAAAGGCAGAUUAGGAUUCGUGCAACCGACCCCAAAUAGUUGGGAAAAGGCUAUGAGGAUGAUGAUCUAAUCCAUGAUGGUCACCAUGCAACGUGGGUCACUGGAAAGUCAAUUCUGGUGAGAGUUUCAGUCAAAUGCGAUGGCAUUUUGAUGAAGAUGGUGCCAUGCCUCCCUGCAAGCCAGGAUACACAUGCCCAUGUUUCACAUGCUUGUGGUGUGGCUGCUAGAGAGGUUGUACUCAGCCUCAAUGCCUUUGUGCUAUGAUGGAGCUCGCCAAAGGUCAGCAUUAUGGGAUUGUAGUGGAGGCGGUUAUGUCGAUGCUGCAGAGGUGUGGUUCGAAGUGAAGGUGGCCUCUCUCUUGCAGUAUGUUUGGGACACCUUAUAAAGCUCUCUGAAUCCAUUUUCUGAGCAUGUUUUGGGGGUCCUGUGAGGUCCAAGCACAUUCUCUCUCUCUCUCUCUCUUGGCUGUGUGAAUUCAUUUUCUGCACGUUUUGGGGUCCGAUGAGGUCCACGCAUGUUCAGUCUCUCUCACCUGUUUAUUUGUAUGGCCAUAGCACCUCUCUCUCUUUAAGUCAGACCUUUUUUCCGUGAUGUUUGGGAGUUACCAUAAGAUCCCUGGCCAGUUCAUUGGGUGACGGCAUUACUUGUGACUUGCAGGUACUACAUUUGCCAUGAAACAAUACAAUGCAUCUCAGAUCCGCUGCUGCCUUGCUUCAA